AUGUUCGCUGUUCGGCGGGACGUGUUGUCCAAGUUCUCCCCGACUUGGUACGACGAGUGGAGGAACGUCACCUAUGCGUCGGUGAAGAUGCGACCUCGUAACCCCGGUGACGCUGUUCUAUUUGAAUCGGAGCACGACGGGUUCCACCACGAUUUUGCCAUGAUGGAGGUCUUCCCUAUAUUAUUCGCAACCACGGCACAGGAGUUCCCUGCGUGGCUCGUUUCUCCAAGUACCGUAGACUUGUUCGACACUGUCGACGCGAUGAAGAAGUUCAGCGAAGCUGAUCGCUCUUUGCCUCUACUGGUGGACAGCUGGCAGAUAGGGUAUAACGUCAACAGGUCGAUGUAUGCCAAUUCAUCGUAUGUCGACUCGCCUGUUCGCCUCAAGCGAAACGGAACAUGGUGA